UGCUUCUCUUCCACUCUGUCUCGAUGCCUCCGAAGCAAGACACAGCAUAACGAGACACAGCACAGCAUAACAAAACAGCACAGCAUAGCGUAAAACUCAGCAUAGCAUAACAGCACAGUACAGCACUAACAUGAACUGGACAGCGAUUUUGGUUCUUGCCGCCGCGGCGAUUGGGACUGUCCUUAGUGAAGCGCCAGAGGCCGGACCGUGCCCAGUGGGAUGGCUAGACUUCAGUGUAGAUCCCAUAUCACCAGUGUGUCUCAAGUUCGUUAUGUACGGGAAGGGAACCUGGUCCGGCUUGAGGAGUCUGUGUCAGGCUGAAGGAGCAGAUCUGGCCGAGCUCAAGGGUGAACUUCACCACCAAGUGUACGAGUAUAUUAUGGAUAACCAAGAACUACAGGAUGAGGACUUCUGGAUUGGGGGAACGGACGAAGGACACGAGGGAAGUUGGACUUGGAUCAGCGACGACUCACCGAUGGAGAUGGGUGUCCCUCACUGGUACCCCUGCGACCCUCCACAACCUGACGGAGGCACCCAGUCUAACUACGCCUGUAUCUGCACCCCUGACUUCUUCUUCCACAGCUGCGAGAAUAACAUCAAGAUUUACGCUAUAUGUCAGAUUUCGGCGUUCGGGCUGGUCCUGAUUGAAGAGGCCGGAUCGUGUCCAGUGGGAUGGGUAGACUUCAGUGUGGAUCCCAUGUCACCAGUGUGUCUCAAGUUCGUUAUGUACGGGAAGGGAACCUGGUACAGCUUGAGGGGUCUGUGUCAGGCUGAAGGAGCAGAUCUGGCCGAGCUCAGGGGUGAACUUCACCACCAAGUGUACGAGUAUAUUAUGGAUCACCAAGACUUACAAGACGAAGGGUUCUGGAUUGGCGGUACUGAUGAAGGCCACGAGGGCAGUUGGACUUGGGUCAGCGACAACUCACCGAUGCCGAUGGGCGUCCCUCACUGGUACCCCUGCCACCCCGCACAACCUGACGGAGGCACCAGCUCUAACUACGCCUGCAUCUAUACCCCGGAUUUCUACUUCCACAGCUGUAAAAACGACAUCAAAAUCUACGCAAUUUGUCAAAUUUAAAAUACCUUUCUCUUGUAGCAGACUCCCGAGUGGAGACCAUAGCACAUUAAAAGAAAAAACAGUG